GACCGCCGCCAACGGGGGCUUUUUCUCCAGUAUUUUUUCUAGUCUGUUUGGAACCCGGGAAAUGAGGAUCUUAAUUUUGGGAUUAGACGAAGCAGGAAAGACUACAAUUUUGUACAGAUUGCAGGUUGGAGAAGUCGUUACUACAAUUCCGACCAUUGGAUUCAAUGUUGAGACGGUAACAUAUAAAAAUCUUAAAUUCCAAGUAUGGGAUUUAGGAGGACAGACUAGUAUCAGGCCUUACUGGAGAUGUUAUUACUCUAACACAGAUGCUGUCAUAUAUGUAGUAGACAGUUGUGACCGAGACCGAAUUGGCAUUUCCAAAUCUGAGUUGGUUGCCAUGUUGGAGGAGGAAGAGCUAAGGAAAGCGAUUUUGGUGGUGUUUGCAAAUAAGCAGGACAUGGAACAGGCCAUGACUCCGUCAGAGAUGGCCAAUUCGCUUGGGUUACCUGCUUUGAAGGACCGCAAAUGGCAGAUAUUCAAAACUUCUGCAACCAAAGGCACUGGUCUCGAUGAGGCCAUGGAAUGGUUAGUGGAAACACUGAAGAGUAGGCAGUAAAUUCAAUCACGUCUCUGCAAAGAAAAUUGUAUUAGCACGAUCCCUGCGGCAACAGUCACAUGUACU